AUGGCCAAGGCCUCUGCCGAAUCGCCCUCCGCGACGCCACCCUCCGCCCUGAAGAAAACGACCUCCAGCGCCCAGAACAUGAAAAGCCAGAAGUCAAUUCUCGGCUUCUUCCAGAAAUCGUCCCCAGCAACCCCGUCGAGCAAUAAGGCACGCGAGCCUGCGUCUUCCCCAGCCCAGAAGGCAUCUGAGCGUGGUGCCAAUUCGGUGAAGCCAACGCCCAAGAGGAGCUUCUCGAGUUUCGCGCAAGACUUGAGCCCCGUCCCCAGCAGCGAUUUGCCGAUUCCGGAUGAAGAUGAAGAGAAUGGUGACAGCGUGAAGACCGGGCGCCGCGAAGCCCAGGACGACACAAUGUCUCCUUCGCGUCGGUCCAAGAAGAACGUCAGCUACAAGGAGUCUGAUUCGGAGGGUGAAGACGAUGACGAUGUCAUUUUCCGUCCCAAUCGCAAGAACAGUGUCCGUGGCCGGGCAACCAAGAGGAGGAAAACUUCACCGGAUGAUAGUGAGGAUGAGUUUCAAAUGGUUCCAGAUGAGGGAGCGGAAUCUGAUGAUGAAAUGGCCGACUUCGUCGUUGCCGAUGAAUCAGAUGAAGAGGCCACAGCCCCGAAGAAAAGAAAGAAGUCGGCCCCUCAACCCCCCCACAAGCCAUCAAACAAAUCCUCCUCUCCCCCUCCCCCUCCAGCAGCCGACGAAGACCUUGAUAUCGAUCUCCCAGAGGGUUCGGCUGGCACUGCACUGAAAUGGGCAUUUGAUCCCGAGAGCACCGAGCCCAGGAAGGAACGUGCAGUGCAAAUGACCCCAAAGACGCCGUCCAGUACCAAGAAGGAGAAGGCCCAUGUCAGAGACCCCGAACAGCGGUACCCCUGGCUUGCAAAUGUCAAGGACAUGGAUGGAAAUGCUCCCGAUCACCCCGACUAUGACCCCCGGACGGUCUAUGUUCCACCGCUUGCCUGGUCCAAGUUCUCUCCUUUCGAGAAGCAAUACUGGGAAAUCAAGCAGAAGUUCUGGGAUACCGUGGUGUUUUUUAAGAAGGGCAAGUUCUACGAACUCUACGAGAACGAUGCUACAAUAGGUCACCAGUUGUUUGACCUGAAGCUUACUGAUAGAGUUAACAUGCGCAUGGUCGGUGUUCCUGAGAUGAGCUUAUCCCACUGGGCAAACCAGUUUGUUGCCAAGGGCUACAAGAUUGCCCGAGUUGAUCAGUCAGAAUCUGCUCUGGGCAAGGAGAUGCGUGAGCGUGACGCCAAAAAGGGGAAAGAGGAUAAGAUCAUUAAGCGAGAACUGGCUUGCGUUCUCACCGCCGGUACUCUUGUUGAGGGUUCCAUGCUGCAAGAUGAUAUGGCCACUUACUGUGUUGCUAUCAAAGAGGCCAUAGUGGAUGACCUCCCUGCGUUCGGCCUCGCCUUUGUCGAUACAGCCACCGGCCAGUUCCACAUCUCCGAAUUCGUUGAUGAUGUGGACAUGACCAAGUUCGAGACCUUUAUUGCGCAGACUCGCCCGCAAGAGAUUCUGCUUGAGAAGUCCUGUGUCUCGACAAAAGCGCUACGCAUUCUGAAGAACAACACCGGUCCCACUACUCUGUGGAACUACCUUAAGCCGGGUAAAGAGUUCUGGGAGGGCGACAUCACGCUGAAGGAACUUGAUGCCAGCGAUUAUUUCGUCUCUGAGGACGACGAGAAUGUCAAGGCUUGGCCCCAGGUUCUUCGGGACGCGCGUGAUAAGGAAUUGCUCAUGUCGGCCUUUGGCGCUCUGACGCAGUAUCUACGCAUGUUGAAGAUUGACCGAGACCUCAUCACCAUCGGCAACUUUGAAUGGUAUGAUCCGAUCAAGAAGGCUUCCAGCCUAGUGUUGGAUGGUCAGACCUUGAUCAAUAUGGAGAUUUUUGCAAAUUCCUUCGAUGGCGGCGUCGAUGGCACCCUGUUCCAAUUACUAAAUCGCUGCAUUACGCCAUUCGGCAAGCGCAUGUUCAAGCAGUGGGUCUGCCAUCCCCUGAUGGAUGCCAAGCGCAUCAAUGCCCGCCUUGAUGCCGUCGACUCGUUGAACGCCGACCCCAGUGUUCGGGACCAAUUCUCCUCGCAACUGACCAAGAUGCCUGACUUGGAACGACUCAUUUCCCGCGUUCACGCAGGAGUCUGCAAAGCUCAGGACUUUGUGCGUGUUCUUGAAGGAUUUGAGCAAAUCGAUUACACUAUGGGUCUUCUCAAGGAUAGCGGCUCAGGUGAUGGUAUCAUCGGACAGCUUAUUGCUGCGAUGCCUGAUAUGACCGAGCUACUGGCUUAUUGGAAAACGGCUUUCGAUCGCUCCAAGGCAAAGGAGAACGGGAUCCUUGUUCCCGAACCCGGGGUCGAAGAAGAUUUCGAUACCUCGCAGGAGUUCAUCGAACAGCUCCACAAGGAUCUUGACAACCUUCUGAAGAAGGCACGCCGUGAUCUAGGAUCCACUGCCAUUUGCUACCGAGACAACGGCAAGGAGAUCUACCAACUAGAAGUGCCUAUCAAGGUGAAGAACAUUCCGAAGGACUGGAACCAAAUGUCCGCUACGAAGCAGGUGAAGCGCUACUAUUUCCCCGAGCUGCGGAGUCUCAUCCGUAAGCUGCAAGAAGCCCAGGAAACGCACAGUCAGAUUGUCAAGGAGGUUGCCGGUCGAUUCCAUGCCCGAUUCGAUGAACAUUAUGGCACCUGGCUUGCAGCUGUCCGUGUUAUCUCGCAACUGGAUUGUUUGAUUAGCUUGGCCAAAGCCUCUUCCUCUCUGGGACAGCCUAGCUGCCGUCCCGUCUUCGUGGACGAAGAACGAAGCGUCCUUGAAUUCGAGGAACUCCGUCACCCCUGUCUGGCUUCCUCCGUCGACGACUUCAUCCCCAACAAUAUCGACCUCGGUGGCAAAGAAGCCAACAUCAACCUGUUGACCGGUGCCAACGCCGCCGGAAAGUCAACUAUCCUCCGAAUGACCUGCGUCGCCGUCAUAAUGGCCCAAAUCGGUUGCUAUCUCCCCUGCAAUUCCGCCCGACUAACGCCAGUCGACCGCAUCAUGUCCCGCCUCGGCGCAAACGACAACAUCUUCGCCGCGCAGUCCACCUUCUUUGUCGAACUCUCCGAAACAAAGAAGAUCCUCUCCGAAGCCACGCCCCGCUCCCUAGUGAUUCUCGACGAGCUUGGCCGUGGAACAAGUUCGUAUGACGGCGUCGCAGUCGCCCAAGCCGUAUUACACCACAUCGCAACCCACAUCGGUGCAAUGGGCUUCUUCGCAACACACUACCACUCUCUAGCCGCUGAGUUUGAAGGGCACCCCGAGAUCUCCCCCAAGCGCAUGGCUAUCCAUGUCGAUGAUACCGAGCGCCGCGUGACUUUCCUCUACAAGCUGGAGAAGGGUGUCGCGGAGGGUAGUUUCGGUAUGCAUUGUGCUUCAAUGUGUGGUAUACCUAACAAGGUUAUUGAGUGCGCGGAGCAUGCGGCCAAGGAGUGGGAGCAUACGAGUAGGCUGAAGGAGAGUCUGGAGCGUCGUAAGGGUGGUGGAUUCAUUGGGCUUGGAUGGUGGAGCGAUGUUGCUUGGGCCCUCCGCGAGUCGACUUCUAGUGACGGCGCUGGUGGUAGUGAAAUUACUGACCGUGGCCUGCAAGUGUUGUGCAAGGCUAUCGAAGCUCUCUGA